UGAUACUUGACUUUAGCCUCAUCAACUUUAUUUGUUAAUUGGAGAUCAAACAGUUUUCCCCCUCCCAAUAAACUUCUCCUUUACUAUAUCUCACUCUCCUCCUCUCCGAAAAGGCCACUCUGGCCUAAUCAUAUUAAUCAGUUUUGAUAUACUUAGCCUUUCAGGUAUAGCUAUUGUAGUAUACCAGGAAACCCUGAAGCAAAAAAGGAAAAAUGAGUGACGACCAUUACAUAACCUCCGACGAUCCUGACCACCCGGCCAACCUCAUCCCAUCCUUAUGCGCCAAAUUUUGGACUUUAGGCUGGGUUACAGGUACGGGAGGAGGAUGCUCUAUUCGCAACGAUGACCUGGUAUAUAUCGCGCCGUCUGGUGUCCAGAAGGAGCUUAUGAAGCACACUGAUAUAUAUGUGCUUGCCCUGUCUAAGCAGACGGAUCUCAAGAAUCGUGUCUAUUUGCGCUCCCCGCCUUGCGGCAGACCUUCACAAUGCACACCGCUGUUCCUGGCUGCUUUCACUAAGCGGGGAGCCGGUUGUUGUAUCCAUACGCAUUCACAUUGGGCCGUGCUGGUCACCCUACUCCUUGAGACCCAUGGCCCCGGCAAGGACAAGCUGUUCGAGAUCAACAACAUCGAGCAGAUCAAGGGCUUCGGCAAGGGUUUCCAGAAGCAGGGUAACCUGGGCUACCACGACACGCUCCGCAUUCCGGUGAUCGAGAACACGGCCCACGAGGAAGAUCUCACCGAGUUUCUAGAAGAAGCUAUGGAAAAGUAUCCGGACACCUAUGCGGUCCUAGUCCGUAGGCACGGAGUCUACGUUUGGGGCGAUAAUGUCCACAAAGCAAAGACCAUGUGUGAAAGCCUGGACUACCUUUUCCAGCUGGCGGUGGAAAUGAAACAACUUGGUUUGCCUUGGCUGAGCGACGUUCCAGUAGUUGUGCCAACUUCGCAACGAUAACAAUUUCCCCAUCACGAUUCAAAGAACAUAUAACCGCACUUAAAAAAGAAACAUACAGGGCAAGACA